CUGCGGUAUAUAUAUGUAGCCGGAUUCAAAACAAUGCUGUACUAAUUAAUAUACAUUAAUAAUACAUGUAUAAAUAAUAUAAAUUCCACAAUAAAACUUCAUAUCAUAUUAAGUUAUAAAAUUUGUAUAAAAAUGUGUGACGAGGAGGUAAUACGUCGGAGAUUGCUCAUAGAUGGAGAUGGUACUGGAGAUGACCGUAGAAUAAAUAUGCUUUUGAAAUCAUUUAUUAAAUGGGCAAAUUCCUCGGAUGUAGACAAUACAUUACAUGAAAGAAUGUUAUCACAACUGGCUCAAUGUGAAUUUGCACAAAGGAAAUCUAGAUUAGUCUCAAAUAUGAGUCAAGAAGAACUAAAAAGUUAUGAGAAAUUGUCCAAGGAAAUUGAAGUUCAAAUUGAAGAGGCUAAAAAGGAUAUAGAAAAAACAAAAGCAGAACUACAGGAAGCAAAACGUGUAAGAAAGAACAGAAUUGAAUAUGAUGUAUUGGCAAAAGUCAUAAAUGAACAACCGGACAGAGUAGAAACUAAUUUGAAACUUACUACACUACGCGAAGAAUUAGGCAAGUUAAAGGAAAAGUCUGAGCAAUUAGAACACAAAUUGGAAAUGAGAAGGAAACAAUUUCAUGUCUUAAUAUCCUCUAUACAUUCUUUACAAGGAAUGUUAGAUGAGUGUGAUGAAGAAAUAAUGGAUGUGAGUUUAGAAAAUUAUGAAGAUCCAGACACUCCAGUACCAGUUAAAAGUGAAGCAUCUUGAAACAAAAUUAUAAAUACAUAUUUAUAAGUUGCUUGAACAAGCUCAAAUUUUAUAAAUGCACUUCGUAAUUCUUAAGUUUUUCUUAUAAAAGUAUAUUAUCCAAAUUUUAAUUUUAAUUUACUAGUCUUAGGAACAUGUCUGAUUGUCAAAGACAACCUAACACCUCUUUUUAAUAACUGCCCUUCCGAAAAUUCUUCUCCGCAUAUGCUCAAAUUUUUCAUAGUUAAUUUUGAAACAACAUCAGUAUCUUUCUCUGCAAUUGAAUGUAAAUAAUUAUGAUAUAGAUCUCCUUGCAGAAUAAGCAAACUUCUAGGUUCCAAUAGAAAACUAAAUUCUAGAUUUUGUUCAUGUUGCUGCAAAAGAAAAUCAUUAGUAAUUUAUGAUGCUUAAUUAUGGCAAUUUAACAAUUAUAACUGCUACAACCUGUGUACUGUCAAGUCGUUUAUAAAACUCAAGAAGCGUAUGAGAUCCACAACUAAUGGUUGUUACAAUAGGAUGGAAAAGUGGACCAUCUGAAUGUGCCUGAUAAACAUGAGACAUGUUACAUUUUGUUCUAAUUGCUUCCCAGUAUUUUAUAAUUAUAUGUGAUUAAACAUAUACCAUUAUUCCCUGGCCUGGUAAAUAUUCAUUAAUCAAGACAUGAUUAGGUAACUUUCCCUUCUCAAACACAUUACAGGAUGAAACUUUGUCAACAUAUUUUGUUAACCACUGAAAAUGAAAAACAUAUUUGUGUUAUCUAAUAUUAAUGUUACUUUCUUAAAACAAUUCUGUACAUUAUUGUUAAAUACUUACACUUGGUAUUUCUUCUGCUAUCAUACCUUUAGGGUGUGGAAUACCACCCCAAUUUUGUAACCUUCUAUGACUUAAUUGUGUCCACUUUGGCAAAGGAGCAUUAUUGACAUAUUUGAUUAUUUCUUCUUCUUCCUCUGAUGUAACAAAAUUUGGUAUAUACAUGGCCAACUUGGGCACCUAUAAGAGAUAGAAUAUAAUAGUUUUUCAAUAUAAAAAUUAAACAUAACCUUUGAUAAAAGUAGUAAUGAUAUCAACAAUAAACCUCUGAAAUCACA